AUGUUUCCCGAAGGGAAUGAACUUCCAAACUUCACCUAUGAGGCCAAGAAACUUAUGUGCCCCUUGGGUAUGAAGUAUGAGAAGAUACAUGCUUGUCCUAAUGACUGUGUGUUGUAUCAAAAUGAGUAUGCUGAUUUGCAUGAGUGUCCAAGGUGUGGAGUUUCUCGUUACAAGAUGAAUGAUACUGGUGAAUUGUGUAAGAAAGGGUCUUCGGCUAAGGUAUUAUGGUAUCUUCUAAUUAUACCGAGAUUUAGGAGACUCUUCUCGAAUGAAAAAACUGCAAGAUUAUUGAGGUGGCAUGCUGAUGGGAGGAAGAAAGAUGGGUUAAUGAGGCAUCCUGCUAAUUCCCCACAAUGGAGGAACAUUGAUCGAAAGUUCAAGGACUUUGGUGAAGAAGAUCGAAAUCUUAGGCUUGGUCUUAGUACAGAUGGAAUGAACCCAUUUGGGACACUAAGUACCCAAUAUAGCACUUGGUCGGUUCUUCUAACUAUCUACAAUUUGCCUCCUUGGUUAUGCAUGAAGUCUAGAUACAUUAUGUUGUCCCUUCUAAUAUCUGGGCCUAAACAACCUGGAAAUGACAUUGAUGUGUAUCUAGCGCCUCUCAUUGAAGAUUUGAAAUUUUUGUGGAAUGGAGGUGUCCAAAUGUUUGAUGCAUAUAGUAAAACCAAUUUCACUUUACGUGCCAUGAUUUUUUGUACGAAAAAUGACUUCCCAGCUUAUGGGAAUUUGUCGGGGUACACUGUGAAGGGAACAACUCCUUGCCCCAUUUGUGAAGAUGAUUUGGAGGCAUUACGCCUAGACAAUUGUGGUAAGCAUGUAUACAUGGAUAAUCGCAGACAUCUUCCUGAAGACCACCCUUUUCGAUUUAAUAAGGAUGCUUUUAAUGGAAAAUUGGAGUUGAGAGAAGCUCGUGGCCCUUUACGUGCAAGUGAGGUUUAUCAGCGGGUCAAAGACAUUGAGAAUGAGUUUGGUAAUCCUUACAAAAGCAAAUCAACUGGGGGUUACAAGAAGAAGUCUAAGCUAUGGUCUUUUCCAUAUUUGAGACAUUUAAAAGUUAGACAUUGUCUAGAUGUAAUGCAUAUUGAGAAAAAUGUCUGUGAUGCCAUUGUGGGAACUUUAUUAAAUAUGCCAGGAAAGAAAAAGGAUGGAGUUAAAGUAAGAAAAGACAUGGCUGCUAUGGGUCAUUCAGAGUUGGCACCCGAAUCUCGAGGAAAACGCUGGUAUCUUCCCCUAUCUUUCUUUACCUUGUCUAAAAAGGAAAAAACUAGCUUCUGUGAGUCAUUGCAUGGUUUAAAGGUCCCGGCUGGAUUUUCUUCUAAUUUUCGUAGACUUGUGUCAAUGUCUGACUUGAAAUUGGGUGGCAUGAAAUCUCAUGAUUGUCAUGUCUUGAUGCAACAAUGA